UUGGAGGGGGCGUCAGCAGUGGUGUUUGGGGUUGGAUGCCAGGAGUAUCUGGAGGGGGGGAGGGAAGGAGGUAGAAAGAUGCAAAUGAAUCCCCUUCUCUCUUCCUCCUCCUAUUCUCAACCAUCUGGCUCUAGAGUGGAGCCAGGCACUGUGGCAGCUGACCCUGGAGUCUGGGAGGUGCAGCGCGAAAGACGGAGGGAAUCUUUCGGAUGCCCAGAGCUCUGCAGAUGUCACCAGGAAAGUGGUGAUCAGGCCUGGACGGGAUAGAGAAAUGGAGGCAAACGACCAUUUUAACUUUACUGGCCUUCCCCCUGCACCUGCUGCCUCAGGACUGAAACCCUCUCCUUCAGGGGAGGGCCUCUACACUAACGGGUCUCCCAUGAACUUCCCCCAGCAAGGGAAAAGUUUGAAUGGGGAUGUGAAUGUUAAUGGCUUAUCUACUGUAUCUCACACUACUACUUCAGGGAUUUUGAACUCUGCUCCCCACUCCUCCAGCACCUCACACCUCCAUCACCCCAACGUGGCCUACGACUGUCUCUGGAACUACUCACAGUACCCAUCUGCCAAUUCUGGCAGCAACCUCAAGGACCCAUCCCUUCUCUCCCAGUUCUCGGGGGGACAGUACCCACUCAACGGCAUCCUUGGGGGCAGCCGGCAACCUUCAUCCCCAAGUCACAACACUAACCUUCGAGCUGGGAGCCAAGAGUUCUGGGCCAAUGGUACCCAGAGUCCCAUGGGGCUUAACUUUGAUUCACAAGAACUGUAUGAUUCUUUUCCUGACCAGAAUUUUGAGGUGAUGCCCAAUGGACCCCCUAGUUUUUUCACCUCUCCACAGACUUCUCCUAUGUUGGGAUCUAGCACUCAAACCUUUGCACCCUCCCAGGAGGUAGGCAGUGGUAUCCAUCCUGAUGAAGCAGCAGAAAAGGAGAUGACUUCGGUUGUGGCAGAGAAUGGCACUGGCUUGGUUGGCAGCCUGCAGCUGGAGGAAGAACAGCCAGAACUAAAGAUGUGUGGAUACAAUGGCUCUGUCUCCUCUGUGGAAUCAUUACACCAGGAAGUCUCAGUUCUGGUACCUGACCCCACCGUGAGUUGUUUAGAUGAUCCUUCACAUCUUCCUGAUGAACUGGAAGACACUCCAAUCCUCAGUGAAGAUUCGUUGGAGCCCUUCAACUCUCUGGCACCAGAGCCAGUGAGUGGAGGACUUUAUGGUAUAGAUGACACAGAGCUGAUGGGUACAGAGGACAAGUUGCCUCUUGAGGACAGCCCUGUGAUCUCUGCUCUCGAUUGCCCUUCCCUCAAUAAUGCUACUGCCUUCAGUCUCCUGGCAGAUGACAGUCAAACAUCAGCCUCUAUCUUUGCCAGUCCCACCUCUCCACCUGUCCUAGGGGAAUCUGUCCUGCAAGAUAACAGCUUUGACCUGAAUAAUGGUAGUGAUGCUGAACAGGAAGAAAUGGAGACUCAGGCUUCAGCCUUCCCACCCCCUCUGACCCAGUCUGCUCGUAAUCAGUCAUCUACUCUUCAGCUACGUCCAGCAAGCUCACCAGCUGUCUCGCCAACAGACUCCUCAGCAAUUUCCUUGGCAGUUUCUCCAGCAGCCUCCCCAGAAAUCUCUCCAGCAGUAUCUCCAGCAGUUUCUAUAGUUGUCUCUCCAGCAGUCUUCCCAGUGGUCUCUCCCACUUCCUCGGCAGUUCUCCCAGCAGUCUCCUCAGAAGUCUCCUUGAUGGCUCCAGUGACCCCCCCAAAAUCUGUAACUUCCCCAGCAGCUCCCUUCCCAAUAGCCUCCCCGACAAAUAAUGAUGUCGAGAGCUUCUCUGAAACCACUGCUGAUCUGGAAGAGAUCACUAGAGAAGGAGUCACUAUUUCUAGUAGUAGUGAUGUCCUGAGGAGACGUAUUGCUACCCCAGAAGAAGUUCUCCUUCCCCUCCAACAUGGGUGGAGGAGAGAGGUGCGCAUCAAGAAGGGUAGCCACCGAUGGCAGGGGGAGACCUGGUAUUAUGGCCCCUGUGGGAAGAGGAUGAAACAGUUUCCAGAAGUGAUCAAGUAUCUGAGCCGCAACGUGGUACACAGUGUCCGCCGUGAGCACUUCAGCUUCAGUCCCCGUAUGCCUGUUGGAGAUUUCUUUGAGGAGAGAGAUACACCAGAGGGCUUGCAGUGGGUACAGCUUUCAGUAGAGGAAAUCCCAUCCAGGAUUCAAGCAAUUACUGGCAAACGGGGCCGACCUCGAAACACUGAGAAGGCAAAGACCAAGGAAGUCCCCAAGGUGAAACGGGGCCGAGGUCGGCCACCCAAAGUCAAAAUCACUGAACUAUUGAAUAAGACAGAAAACCGCGUCCUAAAGAAACUGGAGGCCCAAGAAACAGUGAAUGAGGAGGAUAAAGCAAAGAUAAGUAAAAGCAAGAAGAAGAUGAGGCAGAAGGUACAACGGGGAGAGUGUCAGACCACUACUCAAGGGCAGGCCAGAAACAAGCGGAAACAAGAGACCAAGAUCCCAAAGCAGAAAGAAGCUAAGAAGAAAUCCAAGGCCGAGAAGGAAAAGGUAAAGACAAGGCAGGAAAAACUGAAGGAAAAAGUGAAGAGGGAAAAAAAGGAGAAGGUAAAAAUGAAGGAAAAGGAAGAGGGGACCAAAGCCAAGCCAGCCUGUAAAGCAGAUAAGACCCUGGCCACACAGAGGCGCUUGGAGGAACGACAGAAGCAACAGAUGAUCUUGGAAGAGAUGAAGAAGCCCACAGAGGAUAUGUGUCUGGCUGACCACCAGCCCCUGCCUGACUUCUCACGUAUCCCAGGUCUGACAUUGCCCAGUGGGGCCUUCUCAGACUGCUUGACCAUCGUGGAGUUCCUGCAUAGCUUUGGCAAGGUCCUGGGCUUUGAUCCUGCCAAAGAUGUGCCUAGCUUGGGAGUCCUGCAGGAAGGACUUUUAUGUCAAGGUGACAGCUUGGGCGAGGUGCAGGACCUUCUGGUGCGGCUCCUGAAGGCUGCACUCUGUGACCCUGGCUUGCCAUCCUAUUGUCAGUCCCUAAAGAUUUUGGGGGAGAAGGUGUCGGAGAUCCCACUGACCAGAGAUAAUGUGUCUGAGGUCCUGCGUUGCUUCCUGAUGGCUUAUGGUGUGGAGCCCGCCCUCUGCGACAGCCUACGCACCCAGCCUUUCCAGGCCCAGACGCCCCAGCAGAAGGCUGCGGUCCUGGCCUUCCUUGUGCAUGAGCUCAACGGCUCCACCCUGAUCAUCAAUGAGAUUGACAAGACUCUGGAGAGUAUGUCCAGCUACAGGAAAAACAAGUGGAUUGUUGAAGGCCGGCUCCGGAGGCUGAAAACUGCUCUGGCUAAGCGGACUGGGCGCUCUGAGAUAGAGAUAGAAGGGCCAGAGGAACGCCUGGGUCGCAGGCGCAGUUCUCGGAUCAUGGAGGAGACCAGUGGCAUGGAGGAGGAGGAGGAAGAAGAGACUACAGUAGCUACACAUGGCCGCAGGGGGCGAAGAGAUGGAGAGGGUGAUGCUACAGCAUCUAGCAUCCCGGAGCUAGAGCGCCAGAUAGAAAAACUCAGUAAGCGUCAACUUGUCUUUCGUAAAAAGCUCCUUCACUCAUCCCAGAUGCUUCGGGCAGUCUCCUUGGGGCAGGACCGCUACAGGCGCCGCUACUGGGUUUUGCCGUAUUUGGCUGGUAUUUUUGUGGAAGGAACAGAGGGGAGCUUAGUUCCUGAGGAUGUGAUAAAGAAAGAAACGGACUCCUUAAAAGUGGCAGCCCAUCCAACACCCAUCCCUGCCCUGUUCUCUGUGAAAAGGGAGCUAUCCUCCAACACUUCCACCAGUUCUCCUACCCGAGCCCGAGGUCGACCUCGAAAAACUAAGCCUGGGUCUAUGCAACCUAGGCAUCUUAAGUCUCCUGUUCAGGGUCAGGAUUCUGAACAGCGCCCAGCUCAGCUUCAGCCUGAGGUCCAGUCCCAGCCUCAGCUUCAGGUUCCUGCUCAGCCCCAGCUGCAGCCACAGUUUCAGCUUCAGUCCCAUAAUAGGUUCCUGGAGCCAGAAGACUCCCCUCUGUCUCUGGGUCAGAGCCAGCAUGACCUCAGCCAGUCAGCUUUUCUGUCUUGGCUGAGCCAGACUCAGAGCAAUAGUUCCCUGUUGAGCAGCUCAGUCCUCACACCUGACAGUAGUCCAGGAAAGCUAGACCCAGCCCCACCACAGCCCUCAGAAGAGCCAGAGCCUGACGAGGCAGAAUCCAGCCCUGGUUCUCAAGCACUCUGGUUUAACUUCUCAGCCCAAAUGCCCUGCAAUGCUGCCCCUACGCCACCCCCUGUAGUUUCUGAAGACCAACCUGAUUCCUCCCCUCAGCUGCCUGCCUCCUCCAAGCCAAUGAAUAGACCAAGUGCUGCCAACUGCUGUUCUCCAGUGCAGUUCUCUUCCACCCCCUUGCCUGGGGUGGCCCCUAAGAGACGAGCAGGAGAUCCUGGAGAAAUGCCACAGAGUCCCACAGGGCCAGGACAGCCAAAACGAAGAGGGAGGCCUCCUAGUAAAUUCUUCAAACAAAUGGAGCAACGUUACCUAACCCAGCUGACAGCCCAGCCUGUGCCCCCCGAAAUGCGCUCAGGCUGGUGGUGGAUCCGAGAUCCUGAGACUUUGGAUGCCACACUCAAGGCUCUGCACCCCCGAGGGAUCCGGGAGAAGGCACUUCACAAACACCUUAACAAGCACAGGGACUUCUUACAGGAAGUCUGCCUACGGCCCUUAGCUGACCCCAUCUUUGAGUCCAGUCAGCUUCCUGCCUUUCAAGAAGGGACUGUGAGCUGGUCCUCCAAAGAGAAGACAUUUGAGACAGACCUGACUGUGCUUCAGUGGGUAGAGGAGUUGGAACAGCGGGUUAUCCUGUCUGAUCUGCAAAUUCGGGGCUGGACAUGUCCUAGCCCAGACUCUACUCGUGAAGACUUGGCCUACUGUGAGCACGCUUUUGACGCUCAGGAGGAUAUCACCUGGAGAGGGCGGGGUAGGGAAGGACUGGCACCCCAGCGCAAAACUACCAACCCUCUGGACCUGGCGGUGAUGCGACUGGCUGCCCUGGAACAGAACGUGGAGCGGCGAUACCUACGGGAGCCCCUCUGGCCAUCUCACGAAGUUGUACUGGAGAAGGCCCUGCUCAGCACACCUAAUGGUGCCCCUCAGGGCAUGACUACAGAGAUAUCAUAUGAGAUCACCCCUCGCAUUCGCAUCUGGCGCCAGACCCUUGAGCGGUGCCGGAACGCAGCCCAGGUGUGCUUGUGCCUGGGCCAGCUGGAGAGGUCCAUAGCCUGGGAGAAGUCUGUCAACAAAGUGACCUGUCUAGUCUGCCGGAAGGGUGACAAUGAUGAGUUUCUUCUGCUUUGUGAUGGGUGUGACCGUGGCUGCCACAUUUACUGCCAUCGCCCCAAGAUGGAGGCUGUCCCAGAAGGUGACUGGUUCUGUACUGUCUGUUUGGCCCAGCAAGUAGAGGAAGAAUUCACUCAGAAGCCUGGGUUCCCAAAGCGAGGCCAGAAGCGGAAAAGUGGUUAUUCUCUGAACGAGAGUGAUCGUCGCCGACACCGGGUACUGUCAAGGGGCCGGGAAAGCCCAGCAGUGCCUCGGUACUCAGAAGAAGGGCUCUCCCCCUCCAAACGGCGGCGGCUCUCCAUGCGGAACCACCACAGUGACCUCACAUUUUGCGAGAGCAUCCUGAUGGAGAUGGAGUCCCAUGAUGCAGCUUGGCCUUUCCUAGAGCCUGUGAAUCCACGCUUGGUGAGUGGAUAUCGGCGCAUCAUCAAAAAUCCUAUGGAUUUUUCCACCAUGAGGGAGCGGCUACUCCGAGGAGGGUACACCAGCUCAGAAGAGUUUGCAGCUGAUGCCCUCCUGGUAUUUGACAACUGCCAGACUUUCAAUGAGGAUGACUCCGAAGUGGGCAAAGCUGGGCACAUCAUGCGCCGCUUCUUCGAGAGCCGUUGGGAGAAGUUUUAUCAGGGAAAACAGGCCAAUCUGUGAGGCAAGGGAGGUGGGGAGUCACCUUGUGGCAUCUCCCCCCACCUCUAAACACAAAAACCCUGCCAUUCUCACCUGCUGAUGCUGCCCUGGGUUCAGACUCAAGUCAGAGAUCACUCUGAUGUUUGACCUUGCCCUUGGCAGUGCCCCACAUCCUCUUAUCCCUAUACCCCUUUCUCCCUUUCCUCCUCUUGUUCCUCAAAUACGAGGCACAGAGAUGAGGUCCUUCUGGACUGAAAGCCAAAAAAAGAAAGAAAAAAAUAAUUUUUCUUUUCUGUUUUAUUUCCUAAUUAAAAAUGGGAAGGGGGAACAGUCCCUCACCCCCAGCUCCCUCUCCCUCCCUGUGCAUGCCCCAGCAUUCUGGGGCUAUUAACAAUAGCAAUAGUUCUAGUGAAUGUGUGAAACCAAGAAACACUCUGUACUGUGUGGACCCGCAGUGACGGCCAGUAAAGUGGACUUAACUCCCAAGUGUGUCAAGCCGGACACCGGGCCCUGAACAUGCUGCUUCCAUGUUCAGUCCCUUCCCUGCUUCUUGCUUCCUCUUGAUUAUUUUUUUCUACCCCUUCACCCCCAUUUUUCAGAUUUUCUCACAUCCAAUAAUGUAAAACUAUCGUGUACGGGUUCCUCCCUCCUCCUCUCUUCUCCCAAAUCUUUUUUUCCCUUCAAAGAAAAAAAAAGUUCAGAGGUCCCUGUCUUUUUCUCUGUCUCCAUCUUCUUGCCAAUAGCAAUUCCUUCUGUGAUGUUAGAUGCUCCUCACAUGCUGAGUUUCCAGCCUUUUCUGAAACUCAGUAGUUGGGGAGAGGGCAAGGGAGGCCCCUGGGCCUUCCAGCCUCCUUCCCCACCUCCUUCCCAAACUUUCCUCUUGGGAACUCCUCAGGGACAACUACUGCUGAGUUUGGGCACACCCCCAGGAUGAAAGCCAGGUAGCAAUUGCCUGGCCUCAGAGAGAGAGAGAGGUGUGUGUGUGUGUAUGUAUGUAUGUAUGUAUGUAUGUGAGAGAGGUUGCUGUGAUUGUGACCCUGUGAUGUUUGAUAGAAUCCAUUCAGUUUUCCCAAGUGUCUACUUUUAUUUCCACCUUUUCCUUUGUUUCAAGCCAUCACUUUUUUGUCUUUGGGAAAGCACAGGAACCAUUCUGGGGACAAGGCUGUGUUUCUCUUCUGGUCCUUGAUCUAGCCUCUUCAAACUGUGCAAUCUUUCAGCAGGAACACACUUCUUUGCUCUCAGUAGCUUUAAAUCUAAAGCUUUUGCAGGAAGAGGGGUAGAACUGGAUCUUUUCCUAAUCCCAUGAGCUCCUGUGGGUUUAGUUGUGCUUUCCUUCCUUCCCUUGUCUACUUCAUACUCCAGGGCCCCUUCCCCAGCAGAGAGACCCUGGAGCAGAGGAAGGGUUCUGGGUCUACCACUGCCCUGCAUGUGACUGUGUCCAAAUUAAGCCCCCACAUGAGAGGAAAGCUGCUAACUCCCAGCUGUGGCCAUGGGCCCUUGGCCCCCUGCUUUCCUGCUCAGCCCAGCCCCUCCCAUCAGAGAUUACGGGUACUUGCACUGGGGAGGUGGCUGCUGGCUUCCCAAGCGGAGAGCUGAGGCACCCAAGGAGCGUUCCCUGUGGCAGGAGUGUGGCAGGUGGGGUGGAGCAUUCCUUGUAUUCUGGCAGCACUGAAGAGCCACUGAAGGGGAUGGGGGCAGUGUAGGUUCUGGGGCAGCCCCUUUCUUAUUCUUUUAUGCCCCUUCUCCCCCGUAGCCUCUUUCUAAAGUCGCCUUUCUGUCAGAUGAACCUCAAAACUUUUAAUUUUAUUUAGAGAAUUUUUUUUUUGCUUUUAAAUAAGAGGUGGAUUGAAGAAUAUUUGAAUUGACUUUAUAUUAUGCAUAAAUAUUUAUAUUUUAUCUAAAUAACUGCUCUGUAACAAACUUUGUGUUAGUCACAUGGUUGGAACUGUUAUAGUUGGGGCUCCUCUUCUUCCCCAUGGCGGUUUUUCCCUGGUAUAAAACAUGCUAGAUAAACUUCACUGUUGGAGGUGAGAUGGCUGGGUGAGUGACAUCUCAACUGUUCCUGCUCUGUCUUCCUCCCCCAGCUCCAUCUCGCCGUGUAGGGACCAGACACUCUUGAGGUGGGAUCCCACCCUCAGUUUGAAGAAGUGGGAGCUGAAAGGGAGUCGGCAUCACUGAAGGGGCGGGCCAUUUCUUUUCUUCCCUCAUCUUCACUGCCCCCUGAGCUGGGUGGAUUUUCUCUUCAUGACUAGUUAAGAGUAUUUGGUAGGGAAGGCAGGUUAAAAAUAAAAAGACAACUUACCCCUGCCCCUGUGUUCCCCUUUCCCCUAUCAGUCUGGUAACAGGAAGAAACACACCAUCAAUACCGAGUUUCCACGUUCCUUUUACAACAAAAGGGACUGACUUUUUAUAUAACCAAAUGUGGUGUUUUAGUGACUUUUUGAUAAUGUACAGUUUUUUGUGAAUUUAAAUUUAUUUCUUUCUAUAUUUUUAGGACCAAUCUCAUUUUUAAUAAGGUUAAAAAAAGGAAAAAAAAAGUCUAGAGAGAAAAAACUCCUGUUUUUGCCAUGUGAUGUUCCACAAGUGCAGCUGUAGAAAAGUGCUUGUCAGUUGAAUAAAAACCACAUUUGAUAGAGA